AUGAAAAACCUAUCUGAUGAAGAUUACGCGCUACACGAAAUAAAGAAAAACGAAGAAAGAGAAGCAAAGAAUAAAGACAAAGCUUCCGAGAACAGAGUUUUUUGCAUGGACAUGCAGGCGGUUUUAUUGAGUCCAAAGUCAAACACUUCGGCACUUUACUUUAAAAUGAAUCUCAUGGUUCACAACUUUACCAUAUUUGAUAUGAAAUUAAAUAAAGGCUAUUGCUUUGUUUGGCUUGAAGCAUCAGGAGGUGUAAGCCCCGAUAACUAUUCUUCAAUAAUUUGCUCUUUUAUAAUCGACAACGUCUUAGUAUUAAAACCAAAUCAAAAUAUAAUUUUAUAUAGCGACGGAUGUGCUGCACAAAUUAGGAAUGUCACUCUUUCAAAUGCUCUUUUAAACUCAUCUAUUCAGUACAAGAUUACAAUCGAACAAAAGUAUUUGGAAAGAGGGCAUGCCCAUAUGAAAGCAGCCCACAUGCACUCAUUGAUUGAGAGAAAGCUUCAAAAUACUAAUAUCGAUGUACCAGCAGACUAUGUUAGUGUUUUUCUUCAGUUAGUACCGCUAGUAAUUGCAUUAUCCGGUCACCAGGCCAGUAAACAAUCCAGGAACCUGCAAAAAACUUGCAGGGGCUUACAAAAGAAUCUGGAUCAAACAUCCGAACGGUCAGUAUUUAAAGCACAGAACGAUUCCGAUUGGUGA